AUGAUGAAUAAUAAGAUGAUUAAGAAUAUAUGUGUCCAAGAAAAUGAUGUAUUAAAAAUGUUGAAGAAAGGGACAGCACGGAAGUCAGACGAGUUAAAGGAACAGAGUAAUGGGCCCCAGGGAGAUAGGCAUGUAGGUGCUACCCUACCAUCCAGGAUGGUCCUGCAAGCCAAGACGAGCAUUACAGGCUUGGUCCAGCCUGUCACAAUACCCGGACUGUUGAAGGUUUCAACAGAAUCUUCCCCUCCAACUUGCAAAAUUCCUCGAGUCUGUCCGGGGAUGUUCAGACAAAAAGGAAUUAUUUCCUUUAGAACUUCACCAUUCUUCCCACUUCUCGUCUUCGUAUCAGCAUUAGAUUCUCAGUUGAUCAUGGUACAUCGAUAUUUUUCACAUGCCUUGUCAAUAUUUACAGCUUCAAGUUUUCUUGAAUUCAAUCCUGAUAUUCCUCUUAUUCUGCAGGAUAAAGCUGAACUUAUUGACGGAAAGGUGGAUUGGAAAGGAAGAACUGCAACGAAAGAUAAGCAUGGUGGAUUUCGCACUUCUUUGCUCAUACUAGGUACUUUUGCUUUCGAGAACAUGGCAACCUUGGCUUUGGGUGUUAAUUUGGUGACAUACUUUAAUGCGGUGAUGCACUUUAGCGUGGCUGAUGCAGCAAACCACCUGACAAACUUCAUGGGGACUAAUUAUAUAAUUACCAUCCUCGUUGCCUUCCUAGCAGACACUUAUUUAGGCCGAUAUAAAGCAGUUCUCAUUGCAGCAAUAAUCGAGUUUUUGGGACUUGGAAUGCUAGCGUUGCAAGCUCACUAUCCUAAAUUCAAGCCCCCACUCUGCAAUAUUUAUGAUCCAACAUCAACAAACUGUAUUCAAGUUAAUGGUGGUAAUGCCGCUCUUCUGUUUAUCGCUCUUUACUUGAUAUCAUUUGGCUCUGGAGGAGUGAAAGCGGCGUUGCCAUCUCAUGGCGCCGAUCAAUUCGAUGAUAAAGAUCCGAAGGAGGCAAGACAGAUGUCAAGCUUUUUCAAUUGGCUCUUAAUGGCAGUAUGCGUAGGUGGUGCUAUUAGCUUAACGUUUAUUGUCUGGAUUCAAGAUCAUAAAGGGUGGGAUUUGGGUUUUACCGUUUGCGCCAUUGCUAUGUUACUGGGAGUAAUAAUCUUUGCUUCUGGAUUACCACAGUAUCGUUUCCAUGUUAUUCAUGGGAACAGUGCCCUUACUGAAAUUGUUCAGGUUUAUGUUGCAGCUGCUCGCAACAGAAAUCUUCAGCUUCCUGAGGACUCUAAUGAACUGUAUGAGAUCAAUAUGGACAAGGAAGCUGCCAUUGAAGCAGAAUUUCUACCUCAUACCAAUGUUUUCAGAUUCCUGGACAAAGCGGCCAUCCAGACAUCUGCAACACAGACUGAAACACCAAAUCCAUGGAAACUUUGCAGAGUGACUCAAGUGGAGAAUGCAAAAAUUUUACUGAACAUGAUUCCAGUCUUCUGUUGCACAGUAAUUAUGACUCUUUGCUUGGCUCAACUGCAAACCUUCUCCAUUCAUCAAGGUUCAACCAUGGACACAAGAAUCACCAAAUCCUUCAACAUCCCACCCGCUUCACUACCCAUCCUUCCUGUCGUGUUUUUGAUAUUCCUCGUCCCGCUAUACGACCAAAUAAUCGUCCCAUGUGCACGUAAGUUCACAGGUAUUCCCACCGGCAUAACAUACCUGCAACGAGUAGGAGUAGGCCUCGUUCUAUCCUCCUUGUCCAUGGCAGUGGCAGCAAUAAUGGAAGUAAAAAGAAAAAAGGUUGCAAGAGACCACGACAUGCUUGAUGCAACACCAAUACUGCAGCCAUUGCCGAUCAGUGUCUUCUGGUUAUCAAUUCAGUAUUUCAUAUUCGGGAUAGCUGACAUGUUCACUUAUGUGGGACUUCUGGAAUUCUUCUAUUCCCAAACUCCAAAGGAUCUUAAAUCGAUUUCGAGUUCUUUCCUUUGGUGUUCUAUGUCGGUGGGAUACUUCCUUAGCACCAUAGUUGUGAACAUAGUGAACCAUGCAACGAAGGAUAUUACGCGCAGUGGAGGUUGGCUGGCCGGAAACAACUUUAACCGAAACCAUUUGAACCUUUUCUACUGGUUGCUUUCUUUGAUGAGCUUGUUGAAUUUCUUCAUCUAUCUCUUUGUUUCUAAGAGGUACAAGUACAGGAAAGAGGGCUAUGAAGUUCAAAUCAAUGGGAAUGGAGUACAUGAGUUGCAGAAUAAAGAAGAUGGAAAAUAGUCGUAUAGAAAAGCUCGUCUCUUUAAUCAGUUUAAUUUCUUGGAAUAUCUUCUGUAAGUUUGGUUUUGUUCUUGAAUAGAAAAAGUUUGGUUU